AGCUAAACUAUAAAGUCACUUAUUAACGGUUAAAACCCUUUCUUUUCUGGAAACCUCCUAAAACCCUAAACUCUCUGUGUUUCUUCACAAAACAAUGGCAGAGCCAACUCAACUGACUCAGUAUAUUGAAUCGUACGUUGACGCGUCUCGCUCUCUGUCUCAGCAGGCUGCAAGUUUGGACGCGAUUGUUUUGCUUUUGAAGAAUGAUGCAGUAACUAUAGGAUCAUUGGUUAAGGAAAUGGAGAUGUAUUUGACUACAACAGACGAUAUAAUACGUGCAAGAGGAAUUCUUUUGCUUGGAGAAGCUCUUAGCCAUCUUUCAUCAAAGCCACUAGACAAUACGACUAUACAUAGCUUGAUAGCAUUCUUCACAGAGCGAUUGGCAGAUUGGAGAGCUUUACGUGGUGCACUUGUUGGUUGUUUGGCACUGAUAAGGAGGAGAAGUAAUGGCAUUAUCACUGGCAUUGAUGCAAAAGUUGUUGCUGAGUCUUAUUUACAGAAUUUGCAGGUGCAGUCUCUAGCGCAAUACGACAGGAAGCUGUGCUUUGAACUUUUGGAAUGCCUACUAGAAAAUUGUCCUGCUGCAGUUGCUUCCCUGGGCGAGGACCUUAUUUAUGGAAUCUGUGAAGCUAUAGACGGAGAAAAGGACCCUCAGUGUUUGAUGCUAACGUUUCACAUUGUGGAGGUGCUGGGGAAACUAUUUCCAGAUCCUAGUGGUCCAUUUUCAAGUUUUGCUGGUGACAUAUUUAGUAUUUUGGGCUGUUACUUCCCCAUUCAUUUUACACAUCCAAAAGCUGAAGAUGUUGAUGUGAAAAGGGAUGACCUCUCAAGGGCAUUAAUGCUUGCAUUUUCUUCUACACCUCUUUUUGAGCCAUUUGCCAUGCCUUUGCUUCUGGAGAAGCUUUCCUCUUCCUUGCCAACUGCAAAGGUUGAUUCUUUGAAGUAUCUCAGCUACUGUACGUUGAAGUUUAGGGCAGACAGAAUAGCAGAACAUGCUGGAGCUAUUUGGUCUUCAUUGAAAGAUGCAAUAUAUAGUUCAGGAGAAGAGCCUAUGCUAUCCUCUGAUUUGGAAUCAGUAGAUUCUCCAGGUUCUGAGAAGAAUGAAAUAGCAACAGAAGCUCUGUUACUAUUGGAGAAUCUUAUUGUACAAAACAACAAUUUCUUUCUAAGUAUGAUUAUUAGUGAUGAAGAGGUUAAGAUGAUUUUCAACACCAUCACCAGCUAUAAGAGCUACAAUGAAAUUUCCUUGCAAAGCAAGCAGAAACUGCACAUGGUUGGUCGUAUCCUUUAUGUUUGUGCAAAAGUUUCUGUUUCCUCCUGCAAUAGAAUAUUUGAGAGUUACUUUCCCCGCCUGAUGGAGGCUCUGGGUAUUUUAGUUGAAAACACAUCUGGGGCUUGCCAUUCCAAUGAAAAUUGCGUAAAAGCCAAACAACCGAAUUAUGGAUCUUUUUAUCUCAGCAUCAAACUUCUUGGAGCAUGCAGAGAUUUGAGCACAAGUUCUGAUAAUCUCGCAUCACAAUGUAUAUCUACAAAUGAGACAUAUUGCUGCUUGCUUCAGCGCUUUUCUACUUCUUUAACUGAAACCUUCAGUGCUGCUUUGGCGACAUCUACCAGUGGACCUGCUCAAGAUGUAGAUAUGUAUCUUGGAGUGAAGGGUUUGCAGAUUCUGGCAACAUUCCCUGGGGGCUAUUUGUUUCUAUCAAAGUUGACAUUUGACAAUAUCUUGAUGACAUUUUUAUCAAUCAUCACUGUGGACUUCAAUAAGACACUGUUGUGGAAUCAGGCAUUGAAGGCACUAGUGCAAAUUGGCUCAUUUGUUCAUGGAUGCAAUGAGUCUGAUAAGGAAAUGAGCUAUGUGGAUAUAGUAGUUGGCAAGAUGAUUUUGUUGGCAUCAUCUCCUGAUUUUAGUAUGCCGUGGUCACUCAAAUUGACUGCCAUCUCUAGCAUCGGCAUGAGUGGGCAAAAGUAUAUGCUGAAAGUUUUUCUAGGGCUGGAAGAAGCUAUACGUGCCAAUCUAGCUGAAAUUUAUGUCCAGGGAAAUCUAAAGUCAGCAAAGAUCUUACUUCAGCUUUUGGAAUGUUAUUCUGAUGAGUUGCUUCCAUGGAUCCAGAAGACUGAAGGUUUUGAGGAAGUUUUGAUGCAAUUUGUGGUGAACUUAUGGAACCAAAUUGAAAAUUUCAACGCUUUCACUGUUGCAUUCCAUGGAAAAGAAUCACUUCUUGAUGCAAUAAUGAAGGUUAUGAAGGAUGCUGUUGCAUUCUGUUCGGUUGAAAGCCAGAAUGUAAUAAUUUAUAAAGCUUAUGGCGUACUCUCAUCAAGCACUUUUUUACCUCUGAAGGAGUCCUUGUCUGAAAAUUCAGUGCAGCUGGAAUGUUUUAGGGCUAUUCAGCAAAUGGACAGGUUGUCCAGUAGAGAUGAAUGGAUCCAUUCUUUGUUUGCGUCAGUGAUUAUAGCAUUGCGUCCCCAAACACACAUUCCGAAUACAAGAAUAGUGUUGCAUUUAUUUAUAACAGCUCUCCUCAAGGGCCAUGUUACUACGGCUGAAGCAUUGGGUUCUCUGGUUAACAAAUUGGAUCAGAAGUCCAAUGAUGCUUGUAUUUCUGGUGAUUGUACCAUUGAAGAAGCAAUGGAUAUAAUUUUUAGCAUAAAUUUGUUAUGUUCUUUUGGCAAUGGUUCCUCUGGGAGAUUUGAUCGAACGAGAAAUGGGGAUGAGAUGGAUCUCAUUAAGUUAUGCCUUGAUGCUCCAAACCUUGCAUGGAUUAAAAUUCCUGCUAUAGUUGGACUAGCAUGGAUUGGGAAGGGUUUGCUUAUGCGUGGUCACGAAAAGGUUAAGGACAUAACAAUGGUUUUCCUCAAUUGCUUACUAUCAGAUGGUGAAAUUGGUGCUUCGCCAUUGAAACAUGGUUCAUUAGAAAACAAUGGCGAGCAAGAUAUGCAACAAUCUGUGAUGAAAUCUGCUUCAGAUGCAUUUCAAAUUCUUAUGAGUGAUUCUGAACUUUGUCUGAACCGCAAAUAUCAUGCAAUAGUACGACCACUUUACAAACAACGGUUUUUCUCGAGCAUAAUGCCUAUCCUCUACCCUUUGAUAACUAAAUCUGAUUCGUCAUUCUCAAAAUCAUUGCUGUACCGAGCUUUUGCGCAUGUUAUAUCUGACACUCCGCUAAGUGUCAUAUCGAAUGAUGCAAAGAAGUUGGUUCCAGUGUUGCUGGAUGGCUUAACCUUGUUAGGCAAGGAUGUUUUGGAUAAAGAUAUCAUGUAUGGUCUCUUGCUGGUAUUAUCAGGAAUAUUGACAGAUACGAAUGGAAAAGAAGCUGUGAUAGAGAAUGCUCACAUUAUCAUUAAAUGCCUUAUUGAACUUGUUGCAUACCCUCAUAUGAUGCUUAUUAGAGAGACAGCAGUUCAAUGUCUUGUUGCCAUGUCAGAGCUGCCUCACACAAGGAUCUACCCUGUGAGAAUCCAGGUAUUACAAGCAAUAUCAAAAGCACUGGAUGAUCCAAAGAGGGCUGUUCGUCAAGAAGCUGUGAGGUGCCGGCAAGCAUGGGCAUCAAUUGCAUCGAGAAGUCUUCAUUACUGAAGAUCGCAGGCAUAGGGCAUUAAUUAUGUCGAGUCUUCAUUACGAAGUGCUCUGCAAAACAAGUCUGGUGACAUGAUUAUGUUUUUCCUCACCAUGUCGCAGUAAAUAUUCUCUAUACCAAAACACUGCAGUUUUUCUAUCAAACUCUAAAGGUCUUAUAAAUGUACAGAGUUUGAAACUUGUUUGUAGCACAAAAUCCACAUGUUGAUUUCUCUCUUGGGAGACCAACAAAAAAGAAAAAGGUUCCUGUUCAUUGGUUAUGACAGCUAGCGUGCUAGACAUUUGGCAUGGAAGUACAUUUGAAGGGAUCUGUCAAUUUAAUUUUAAGAGAAAUCUCUACCUUGUUAGCAUAA